AUGGCGAAAAAUAUGCAAAAUACGGCGUAUCGUAAACUUGAUGUUGAUGCUUUUGAUCCAGAACAAUACAAUGAAAAUGAUGAUUGUGAGUUUUUUCGGGGGAUUUUGAUGGGAUUUCGAAAAAGCAUUAGUUUUUCGAGUUUUCAGUCAAAAAUGAUGACAAAUCGAGAUUUUUGAAGCUUCUCAAGUGAUAUUCUGAUGAAAAUUGAAUCCAGAAGGCCCCAGAAGGUCAAUUUUCAUCAAAAAUCACUUGAGAAGCUUCAAAAAUCUUGAUUUGUCAUCAUUUUUGAAUGAAAAUUUAGUUUUUCGAGUUUUUCAGCCAAAAAUGAUGACAAAUCGAGAUUUUUGAAGCUUCUGAAGUGAUUUUUGAUGAAAAUUGACCCUGGAAUCCACUUUUCAGAAGUUUUUUCGAUGCAUUUCCCGAAAAAUCAACAAAAACUUCUGAAAAGUGGAUUCCGGGGUCAAUUUUCAUCAGAAAUCACUUUAAAACCUUCAAAAAUCUUGAUUUGUCAUCAUUUUUGACUGAAAAACUCGAAAAUGAUGACAAAUCGAAAUUUUUGAAGGUUUUGAAGUGAUUUUUGAUGAAAAUUCACCUUCUGGGGCCUUCUGGAGUCAAUUUUCAUCAGAAAUCACUUCAGAAGGCCCCAGAAGGUCAAUUUUCAUCAAAAAUCACUUCAGAAGGCCCCAGAAGGUCAAUUUUCAUCAGAAUUCACUCCAGAAGGCCCCAGAAGGUCAAUUUUCAUCAGAAUUCACUCCAGAAGGCCCCAGAAGGUCAAUUUUCAUCAAAAAUCACUUCAGAAGGCCCCAGAAGGUCAAUUUUCAUCAGAAUUCACUCCAGAAGGCCCCAGAAGGUCAAUUUUCAUCAGAAUUCACUCCAGAAGGCCCCAGAAGGUCAAUUUUCAUCAAAAAUCACUUCAAAACCUUCAAAAAUCCUCGAUUUGUGAUCAUUUUUGACUGAAAAACUAAAAAACUAAAUUUUCAGCAAAAAAUGAUGACAAAUCGAGAUUUUUGAAGCUUCUGAAGUGAUUUCUGAUGAAAAUUGACCCUGGAAUCCACUUUUCAGAAGUUUUUUAGAUGCAUUUCCCGAAAAAUCAACAAAAACUUCUGGAAAGUGGAUUCUAAGGUCAAUUUUCAUCAGAAAUCACUUCAGAAGCUCGAAAAAUCUCGAUUUGUCAUCAUUUUUGGCUGAAAAACUGAUUUUGACACAGCAGCGCUGAUUCACAAACGAAAAUAAAUGUUUUUUUUCAACAUAGAAAAAAUCUAGGUCAAAAUUAGUUUUUUUAAAUUUUUAGAGCAAAAAAUGAUGACAAAUCAAGAUUUUUGGAGCUUCUGAAGUGAUUUUUGAUGAAAAUUGACUCCAGAAGGCCUCAGAAGGUCAAUUUUCAUCAAAAAUCACUUCAGAACCUUCAAAAAUCUCGAUUUUUCAUCAUUUUUGGCUCUAAAAUUCUCGAUUUUCAGCCGUCGAGACCCCCGGCCUCGGCCCAGAUCAGCACACAAUUCAAUCAUUCCUGGCCUCAAGUCGACUUCAAGACGCUCUUCACGCCUCACUUCUAACUCCACCUUUAGACACCAAAGAUCAAGGUGUAAAAGAUCGUGCAACUCAACUCGUCGCCAAAGUUUUGCAAUCCUUCAAGACCACCGAAAUCGAGGCGGCGGUUCAGGUUUUUUCUGAAAAAAAAACAAAAUCUGGAAAAAAAAAAUCUGAAAAUCUGAAAUUUCCAGAAGCUCUCAAUUGACGAAGCCGACAUUCUGAUGAAAUACGUCUACAAAGCGAUGGAAAUCCAGGCGGACGCCGCGAUUUGUCAAUCACUUUUGGCUUGGCACGCGCAAAUUGUCGCCAAAUUCGGACACGGUUGUAUUAUCCGCGUGCUUUCCGGACGGCAACGCUUGUGA